UGGCGCGGUUGGCGGAUUUGCGGAAAAAGGAUCCUUGAAAUGAUAAAAUUAGAUUAAUUUAUUAUAAUUUAUUCAUUGAUUUCAAAAGUCAGGGGAAAGUAUUGCGAAUAUCUGAAAUUCACAAAACACAGGCCGAAAAUGGAAAUGUUAAAUGACUACGGUUUUUCGAUUUAAAGUAAGGUGUGAGGUUAAGGUAUAGAAAUAGAAAAGUGCACAAAUAGAAAUGGGAAUAAUUAUCUCCAAAUUCCGGAAGAAAACUAGUACGUUUGAUGUACUGACAAAGUUGCAAAAUGAAAUUGUUUCUAUUGAAGAGUUUCAGACUAGAACCCAGCAGACACAAAGGAAAAUUGUAUUCAGAUUUCUGUUAUUAGGAAUACUUAUUUAUUGUCUGGUAGUUGUUUUGGGGUAUUUCUAUUUUUCACAAAUUUCUCAAAACCAUAAGUUGUUAUGGGCCAUCCCUUUGAUAGCUAUACCAUUUGUUAUAUGGUUUAUAAAAAUAAUCCUGACAUGGUAUUAUAACAGAAAAAUCAUUAAAAAUGGAAAAAAGCUGGUAUCGUUGAGAGAAAAGAAGAAAAAAAUAUUGGAAAAUGUAGCCGAAACUGAAACCUACAAAGUGGCAAAACAAAUUUUAGAUAAAUUCGAUAAUGAAAACAAAAAGCCAGUUGUUGCUACUCCUCUUUCACAGCUACAAAUAAGUAAAACUACUCCUUUUGUUCCAUUGCAAUCAAAAAUGUAUGAAUCAGUUUUGAGGCAAAGGACACUGACAGCCCAAAAUACACUAUCAGGGCGACUUUCUUUUGGUGGUGCACCCCAAACUCCAACUACACCCCAGCAUCAGAUGCAUCUCCCUGCACUAAGAGAAAGGUCAAUAAAUGUAAUAGCCACCCCUAAUAGAUCUAUGGUAGUCAGCUCUCCAAAAAGUUCACCCGUUUUACCAAGAACAAUGCUACCGACAACUCAAUCAGUCUUAGACAAAAUGGUAUAUUAUUUAGUGGGCGAUGGUCCCUCAAAUAGAUUCGCACUAAUUUGCCAGAAUUGCAGUAGGCAUAAUGGCAUGGCAUUGAAAGAAGAAUUCGAUUAUCUAGCAUUUUAUUGCGGCUAUUGUAAUUUUUUCAAUCCGGCUCGGAAAACUAAACCUAAUGCACCCAAAUUUGGACCACUCGCGUCUACUCCCAUGCAAAUAACAAGCGGAACUGCAGAAUCAUCCGAUUCCGAAAGGACUUCAGGGAAUGAUUCUGAUUCGGAAUCAAGGCCUAUCAUAGAAGAACCGAGAAGCGACUCUCCUGAUACUGCAAGAACUUCAGAAUAUGAAAGGGUAUCAGAUUUAGAGUUGCCAGACGAGGAUGAUUUGCCCCAUGGCCAUGCCACUGCCAAUUUCAAUAAUGAUCUUAAAGCGAACGCAGACGCGUCAGACACGUAAAUCAAGACUGAUUUUUAAAAUUAUCCCUAUCUGCCUUGAAAUUUUUUUGUUAUUUUGGAGACUGACGUAAAAUUUUAAUGUGGUGAACAAAAAUUCUAAAAAAUUGAAUUGCAGUUGUAGAGAUUGGUUCAAUUCAAAGUGCUUUUUACAUGUAUUGAACUUGGGUUUUGUAGAUAUUAUUGUUUUUAAUUUAUUAUUGUUGUAUCUUUACUGAAACAAAUAUGUAAGUACUUGAUUAUUUUCUCCUAUAGAUAUUUGAAAUUUCUGAUAACAUUGAUUGGUGAGACAUUAGGUAAAUUUUAUGUGCCUAUACAUAUAUUUUGGUCCAAAGAGCAUUUCUCUCUAUUCUUUGCUUUGGGUCAAAAAAAAUAUUAUUUUUUUCAAAUGGAUUUUGUGAUCUUUAUUUUAAACUACAUACAAAUCUGGAAGCAAAGGUUUUAGAAAUUAAAAUUGAUUUUUGCAUUUUCAAAAUAUUCUCUCUAUAAUGUAUAUAUUUUAGGUUUAGGUUUUUUUUUUAAUGGAUUGUUAAUAAUGAGGUGAUUUGCUGCCUUUCUUACUGAUUAAUAAAGCUUGCUUUUUCUUA